AUGAGUGCAGACCCUGGACUGGGGAUGCCUCAUCUUGUCUAUACUUCAAUUGCGUCUGAGGAGGAGCUGCGCUGGGUGAUCCGGACUUCGGUGGUGCUGUUCGGCCUGGCUGGCACCUCCCUGACCUUCCUCCACACGGGGGUCAUGGCCUUCUGGGUGCUGGGGGGAAAGAUCACCUACAUCCUCAUGUUCCCCCAGCUCGUCUGUGUGCUCUUCAUACGCUGCACCAACGGACUCCUGUGUGGGGAGCCCAUGCUGGCUCUGCCCCCUGUCCUCCACUUCCCCGGUUGUGCCCUAGAGGGAGGGGUCUGCGUGCAGUACUGGCCCAUCCGCUCCACAUGCAUGCUGCUGGUGCUGGCCACCAUCCCACUGGUGUCCAGGGGGAUGGCUGCCCUCUUCAACAGAGAGCUGUUGUCUCAGAGCUGGGACGUGUUUAAAGUGUGGUUGUGUUGGUGUGAGUGGUUGGUUGUAUUGGUGUGCUGUGGUUGUAUUGGUGUGGAGUGGUUGUGUGAUUGGUUGGUGUGGUGUGGUUGUGUUGUUGUGGUUGUGUUGGUUGGUGUGGUUGUAUUGGUGUGGUUUGGUUGUGUGAUUGGUUGGUGUGGUGUUGGUGGGAUUGGUUGGUGGUGUGUGGAAGUGUGGUUGUGUUGGUGUGAUUGGUUGGUUGUAUUGGUGUGCUGUGGUUUUAUUGGUGUGGUGUGGUUGUGUGAUUGGUUGGUGUGGUGUGGUUGUGUUGGUGUGAUUGGUUGGUUGCUGUGGUUGUGUUGGUUGGUGUGGUUGUAUUGGUGUGGUGUGGUUGUGUGA